CCCCGGUUCCCCCCGGUCCCGUCGGGCGGCGCCUGUGGCGGGCGGAGGGGAGUUUCCAGGAAGUGGCCAUAUUGGAUCCAUUCAGCCGCAUCCACCCGCGGCGGGGACAGCCGCGCUCCCGCCGCCGGAGCCGCGCCAGCCCCGGCCAUGGCCGCCACCGACCUGGAGCGCUUCUCGAAUGAAGAGAAGAGGAACCUCUCCCUGGGGGGCCAUGUCGGCUUCGACAGUCUCCCGGACCAGCUGGUCAGCAAGUCCGUCACCCAGGGCUUCAGCUUCAACAUCCUCUGCGUGGGUGAGACCGGCAUUGGGAAAUCCACACUAAUGAACACCCUCUUCAACACCACCUUCGAGACGGAGGAGGCCAGUCACUACGAGAGCGCGGUCCGCCUGCGGCCACGCACCUACGACCUGCAGGAGAGCAACGUGCACCUGAAGCUGACGAUCGUGGAUGCCGUCGGCUUCGGGGACCAGAUAAAUAAGGAUGAAAGUUACAGGCCGAUAGUUGAGUACAUUGAUACGCAGUUUGAAAAUUACUUACAAGAGGAGCUGAAGAUCCGGCGCUCCCUCUUCAACUACCACGACACCAGGAUCCACGUCUGCCUCUACUUCAUCACCCCCACCGGCCACUCCCUCAAGUCCCUGGACCUGGUCACGAUGAAGAAGCUCGAUAGCAAGGUGAACAUCAUCCCCAUCAUUGCCAAAGCGGACACCAUCUCCAAGAGCGAGCUGCACAAGUUCAAGAUCAAGGUGAUGAGCGAGCUGGUCAGCAAUGGGGUGCAGAUCUACCAGUUCCCCACGGACGAUGAAGCGGUCGCUGAGAUCAACUCGGUGAUGAAUGCUCAUCUGCCCUUUGCUGUGGUCGGCAGCACAGAGGAGGUGAAGGUUGGGAACAAGCUGGUGAGAGCUCGGCAGUACCCAUGGGGAGUGGUGCAAGUUGAGAAUGAAAGUCACUGCGACUUCGUGAAGCUGCGGGAGAUGCUGAUCCGGGUCAACAUGGAGGAUCUCCGGGAGCAGACUCACACCCGCCACUACGAGCUCUACAGGAGGUGCAAGCUGGAGGAGAUGGGCUUCAAGGACACAGAUCCUGACAGCCAGCCCUUCAGCCUCCAAGAAACGUAUGAGACCAAAAGGAAAGAGUUCUUGGGAGAGCUCCAGAGGAAAGAGGAAGAAAUGAGACAAAUGUUUGUUAACAAAGUCAAGGAGACGGAGGCAGAGCUGAAGGAGAAGGAGAGAGAGCUGCACGAGAAGUUUGAGCAUUUAAAGAGGAUACACCAGGAGGAGAAACGGAAGGUGGAGGAGAAGAGGAGGGAGCUGGAGGAGGAGAUGAACGCCUUCAACCGGCGGAAAGUAGCGGUGGAAACCUUGCAGUCCCAAUCCUUGCAGGCUACCUCACAGCAGCCGCUGAAGAAGGACAAAGACAAGAAAAAUUAAUCACACACAGACUUUCAGGCCAAGAGUGGACUUGGUGCUUUCAUGUGUUAAGUUGCUUGAGUUUCCCACCCUGUGACCCUUCUCAUAACAUUGUGUGAGUGGACCAAAGUGAAAGAGAAAAUGAGCAUCUUCGGUGCUGGCGGUGUAAGGACUCCCUGUUAUCCGUGCAGAGUGUGGCAGGAGGCUUUGAGGAAGUAACCACCUACCUUUUGUUAAACAAAGGCAACUAAUCCCUAAAAUCAGGUGUUUUGUUCUAAACCCAGGGGUCGAGCAGCCGUGUAUGCAGCGACCGUAACUGUUUGUCUGAACUCAUCUUACCACCAGCUAAAUCAUUGCUUUCUAGCUUUGUUUUUCCUCUGUAAUUCACUUGGUGACUGCUCGAGGCUCAUCGGCCUCCCCCUGUACGUGCACAAACGGGAGGAGUGCUGUGAAGGAUGCUCGAACCUUUGUUUUUCUAACAAAGCCCUCCAUUUGAGUCAGUUCAAACACAGCGCUCAGACCUUCUGCCCUGGGAACCCUGCUCAGAGUAACCCUCAUUCCAGUACUUCUGUAUUUUACUCCUGAAUUACUCUAAACACUUUCUACAUCAUUUAUAAGAAAUAUAUAUAUAUAUAUAUGUAAGGAGAGUGGUUAUAAAAUCCAUGGGACGUUUUGAGUUUACUGCUAAAGUAGAACAUUUAUAGAGAAAGAUUCUUCAUAAGAGUGUGUUGUAUAAUGUGCAGCUGCAGGAUUUGUGCAGCAGUUGUCAUUUACCAAUGUACUUUACUGUGUGUCAAAGCUAUUUAAGCAGUCAUCUUUACUUUUACUCUUUAACCUUAAACUUACUAUGUGCCUAAUAAGGAAACUCCCCUAAUCUUGAGCUAUGCACCCUGUUUAUAUGGAUAGGCGUUAUUCCUCUUGGAAGGUGCUUCCCUUAACACUCCUCAUGCCUGGAAAUCACAGCCUGGUUUUCCUGGGCAGCUCAGCUCAGAGGGAAAGUUAGGAUCAAUGUUAAUUUCUUCCACUCAAACCAUUGUGUGAUCAGGCAGGACAAUAGCUGAACAGAGGCUUACUGGCUCUGUUGUCAUGGAAAAACAGUUGGACCCAGUUCCAUCCAUCCAACAGGUAACGGGCUAAAAGAAAGCAAAUCUUUUCCAUUAAGCCCCACAUAGUGUCUUUAUGAGAGUGUAUGAGAGCACUGGCUGGCUGUUAGUUGUGAGGGUGUGCGUUUUCAUCUAGUUAUCCAUGUUACAGGGCUUUUCCAAUGCUUUCUCCCUUAAAGGCUUGUCUUCAAGCUGUCAGCAGAUUCCUUCUUUGAGGUACAGAGCAGCCUCGUGCCUCAGCUGUUACAGCCUGUGUGAGGGCAGCCCUUGCUGCAUUCUAAGAUGAGGUUCUCUAACUUGCAUAUCCCAGUAGAGCAGGGGCUGUUUCUUGUUCAUUUUCCUUUCUCAGUACAUGCUCAGGUGUUAAACUCUUUUCAUACGGCCUUUCAUUUGGAUGUACUGCAAAUCAGUGUUACUGGAGGCUGGAGAAAGAUCCUCACACAGAUCUCACGGGUACCCUCCGGAACAGGCUGCUUGUCAAAGAGGCAGAGUUGUGUGUGCUCCUUAGGAGUCUGCUGAAAGCUGAGCAUUCAUGUUCAAGGCUGUGCCUCCAGGUGGAUGUCUUAAAGAGUCAAAUAUAGGAGGGGUCAUGUCUUGUUCUCAAGGAUGGACGAGGACCCCAACCUGUUGUUACAUGCAAGGAGACAACUCCGGCUCACUCUGACCACGGUCCAACCACGGAGCGAAUGAUGGGCAGGACGUUGGUGUUUUGCUGGUGAGGGGAGCUCUGGUGCACUGAUUGCACGAGGGAGCAGCACUGUUUGGUUUACUGUUAGUUUUACUUCUCAAGGCUGCUGCUGUGCAGGCCGGGAUAAAAGCACAUCCGAUGAUCCUGGCUGUGCAAAGAGCCUUUUCCAGUCGGUCGUUCUCUCCCGAUCUCAUGCUGCAGCCAGCAAGAUCUAUGCAAAUGAUUUUAACUGCCCUGGCUCAUCAGAGAUCGAUCCUUUUGUCCUAGCGUUAGGAAAUUAGGUUAUGUAGAGCAAUGAUGAAAGAGGAAAACCCUUCAAGUCCAUGGGCAUUGUGGAGAAAUUCCCAGCUUUUUCUGAUGAAGACAUUCAGAAUGUAUGUAACAAUAUUUUAAUGACGAUGAUUAUUAUAUUACAUUGACUUUAUGUUGUGACAGACAUCCCUUUUCCUUUUAGUUACUUGUUCUUUAGAGCGCUUAACACCAUAAUCUCCCCAAUGGGAC